GUGGUGCUGGGCGCCCCGGGCGGGGGGAAGGGCUCCUCCCCGCCCAGCACAAAGGGAGCCGGACCCGCCCGGGCUGCGGCCGCGACCCCCGCCUCGCACCAACUUAAGCCCCCCCCAAGCCGGGGCUGCAACAUGGCGGCGGCAGCAGGGCACCUGCUCUCCCACUCGCCCCUCCCUGGGGACCCGCCGACACAGAGAGCCCGGUGUCAGGGCAGGAACCGCGCCUCCUCUGCCAGGCCUGCCAGCAGAGGGGCAGCUGGGACACCCCGAAGCCGGGGCGUGUUGGGGAGCAGAGGUGCCAGGCCCUCGGCGCCAGGCACUUUGCAGGAGGGAGAAGCCAAAGGGAGGAUGACGGAGGACUCGGCCCUGGCCGCCAAGCCCAAGCGGGCCAAGGCGGGCAAGAAGCGGACCGAGCACCCCAAGUACUCCGACAUGAUCGUGGUGGCCAUCCAGGCCAAGAAGAGCCGCGCCGGCUCCUCUCGCCAGUCCAUCCAGAAGUACAUCAAGAGCCACUACAAGGUGGGGGAGAACGCCGACUCCCAGAUCAAGUUGUCCAUCAAGCGGCUGGUCACCACCGGUGUCCUCAAGCAGACCAAAGGGGUCGGCGCGUCUGGGUCUUUCCGCCUGGCCAAGGGUGAUGAACCCAAGAAGCCACCAGCCAAGAAGGAAGUCAGGAAGGCUGUGGUGCCCAGGAAAGUCACUAAACCCAAGAAAGCUGCUGCCAAGGCCCCAACCAGGAAGCCCAAAGCAGCCCCCAAGAAAGCCAGAAAGAAGCCAGCGGCCACGCCAAAGAAAGCCAAGAAGCCAAAGACUGUUAAGGCCAAACCGGUGAAGGCAUCAAAGCCGAAGAAGGCAAAGCCAUCCAAACCCAAAGCAAAGUCCAGUGCAAAGAAAUCUGCCAAGAAGAAGUGAAGCUUGUGUCCUUUUUCUUGAACGCUCUCCUUCAUGUCUGCUUUUGUAAACAGUCUUCUCCUUUUAUCCUCUUCUUCCUUUUUAUUGCAACUUUAUAGGGACUGAGCACUUAUUUCCCUGAAAUAGUUACAAUGAUUCAAUUGCUUUAAAAAAGCAAGAAAAAAACCAACCCAGAGGAAAAAAACUCUCCACAGUGAGAGUCCCCUUUUAAGUGUUUAUUGGUUUGUUUUUAUUCUGUUGUAAUCUUGGAGCUCUCCUCAUGUCUCUCCUUUUUGUUUUUAAUUUGAAUGUAUGGAAUAGUUGUGGGUUUGUUUGUUUUUUAAGCAGGGGGAGUCCGUGUUGGGUGGAAAAGAAAGAGGAUGGACUUACUAACUUUCCUUCUGCCCAUAGGGAUAUUUGGCUGUGCAAGGAACUGGCCUGGGCCAGAAGGUCAGGGCAAAGACCCCUUCAUGAAAGGGCCUGAGGAACCAGCUUGUUGGCCCCCAGGGGAUGAAUAGAUGUAGCAUCAACUAAGUUUCCCUUCACCUGGCUGCAGUGGGUCGGUGUCCCCCCCUUGCUGAUGUAGUGGCCUGCUAAUGAGAAGAGAGACACAAGCUGGCAGUCGGGAGAGGUGUGGGCUUGAGUUGGCAUCCAAGCCACCUACUUGGCUCUGUGGGAGGCAGGGGGUUAGGCUUGAAAUAGGGAUGGGCUGCAGGGUGCACCACAUGGAUGGAUGUCUUAUAAUUUUUUUUUUAAGUGCAUUUUGCAGUCAGGUGCGGUUGAUGGCAGUGGAGUGAGGGUUAAAAGGGAGGACUGAUUCCCCCCCCCCCCUUCAAAAGAGGCCCUGCAAGUGCUUCCACAAGUCUGAGAGCUGCUGUCCUGUUCUACCUGAUUUCAAAUUCAAUAAGACCUCUUGGGCUCCAGAGAAGUGAUUAGGAAAACCUUUCCAGCAAGUCCCCAUGCUCUCCCAAGUGCCCUGCAGCACCCGCUUGGGAACCACAGCUUGGGCAGGGACCCCUCUAUCCACAGCCCCUAUGGACUGAACCUCUUAUAAUUGCUUUGUGGAGCUGGAGCUUUGACCUGCUGUGGCUUGAGGCUUGUGCUUUGGGUUUUCUUUUUUUUUUCUGUGGGGGGAGAGUUGGAGGGUGGGAGCUGCCAAGGGGAAAUUGUGGGGGGGGGAGGUUAUGCUGGGAGCAGUGUCGAUUACACCAAUAAAAUUAACCAAAACUAA